AUGACAAACGGACUACAAGCGCUGCAUUGUGACUCAAAGGUCAGGGUUUUAUCAGACAACGUCGCCAUUCAGCUUCACAGAUGUAUCGAGAACAUGAAGAAGGGACACAUCACCAAGGAGGAUAUCAAGAGAGUCGACUCACUGCUCUCGCGUGUUUUCAAACGACUUGAAUCCAGGAAGGUGUCUAAGGAUGUCGUCCAGAGUGGCGAUUACAUCGCAACGUGCUCAAGAAUGAGAUCGCCGAGGCCCAAGAGUGGCGAUGCCAUGGAUGAUUUGGAAAUGAAGAGUUUCUUCAUAGAAGAUGACGACGAUGACGACGAUGACGACGAUGACGAUACGGAGAUGUGA